AUGAGGAAGCUUCUCGUCCUCCUUCUCCUCGGCCUGCUUGCCAGCGUCCACGCAAAGACGGAGCGGAAAAAGACCAUCCGCAAGGGGAAAAAGUUCAACAAGCUCCGCGUGGGCAAGAAUUAUUCGCCGCCAGUUAGAUUUGAUCCGCCGACGACUGCGUUGGAAGCGCGGCGAAGAGCCAGGAAUGAAUGGUAUUACGGCAAAUGCUCCCACAAGACCAUGACGUGUAAAUACACGUUCGAGACGAUGAUGGGCAGGCGUUCAAACGGCAAGGAAUGGUAUGAGUGGCAGUCCGGCGUGGAUGCCUGCACGCCCAGCGGCACGAGCGUGCUUGGGGAUAACCUCUGUCCGGAGGAUGGCUUUACUUGCUACGUAGGAGGAGGGGACAACGCGGAAUACGUGAUUUGUGGGCCUCGGGAUACCAGUAGCGUUCCGGUUGUUGGCAGCGGUGAAAGCGUACCACCCGCGGUUGGUUUUGAUAAUCUGGGUACACCGCCCGUGGUGGAUUUUGAUGCAUUGCAUGCACCACCCGUCGUUGGUUUUGGUGGUUUGGAUGCACCGCCCAUGGCUGGUUUUGAUGCAUUGGAUGCACCACCCGUCGUUGGUUUUGGUGGUUUGGAUGCACCGCCCAUGGCUGGUUUUGGUGGUUUGGAUGCACCACCCAUCGUUGAGUUUGACGGUUUGGAUGCACCACCCACGGUUGAUGUUGAUGUUUUGGAAGGGCUUUUCCCAGACGGAAUUGCGGACGAUGCGUUUUUUCAAGGCGGGAUUACAGAUGCGCUUUUCCCAGGCGGGACCGCGGACGACGCGUUUUUCCAAGGCGGAAUUGCAGACGAUGCGUUUCUUCAAGGCGGAAUUGCGGACGAUGCGCUUUUCCAAGGCGGAAUCGCGGACGAUGCGCUUUUCCAAGGCGGAAUUGCGGACGACGCGGUUUUCCAAGGCGGAAUCGCGGGUGGAGGAUUCUAA